AUGUAUUAUAUCGGAGACGAAGUAAAGGCUGAGCAAUUUUCGCUUCGUAAGAUUGCUGGAGACUUAUGA